CUCUGCUACUCCUCAACUUCCCACCUCAACAACAACUCAUCACCAUGUCAGGAAUAGGCCCCCAACUACCUCCUCACCUCGCGAAGCGCAAGCGCUCAACAGACGAUACCACAACCCUCAAUCCUCCCUCUCCCCCCACCAAAAUCCGCGCAACAAGCCGCGAUACAGAUACUCAGCCUCGUCGCGUCCUCGGCCCCUCCAUGCCACCCACCCACAACGAAGAAGAAAUCGGCCUCGACUCCAGCUCCGACGAUGAGCCCGGCCCUUCCCUACCCCCCGGCGUAAUGCCAGCUACAGAGUCUAAACCGCGCCGUGUAGUGGGCCCGGCAAUGCCACCACCACAGAAUACCGACGAAAUCCCACUCGACGACAGUUCCGACGACGACGCCGGGCCCUCUCUCCCCCCUUCCACCGCAACCACUGCCGCCCCAGCACCCCACCGUGUCUUGGGCCCGGCCCCCCCUCCAGCCUCCCUCUCCGAACGUCCUACAGAAGAUCCGGACUCCUCCUCAGACGACGACUACGGACCCUCCCUCCCCCCCGCCCCCGGUUCCGCAGCAGCAGUAGCCGCCGCCGCAUCUGCCACCCGUGCCCGCGAAACGGCUCGCGCAUCCGCCGCCACCGCCGCUGCAGCAUCCAGCGCGCCCAAGCGCGCAGACUGGAUGCUAGUCCCCCCAGGUGCGGAUGACUGGACCGCGCGCGUCGAUCCUACGAAGCUGAAGACCCGAAAAUUCGCAUCAGGGAAGGGAGCGAAGGCGCCGGGUGAGAAGAGCGGGAUUAGUGCAAUAUGGACCGAGACGCCCCAGGAAAAACGGCAGCGGCUUGAGGACGAGGUGUUAGGACGAAAGGAGGUAGCUACGAAUUCCGGCAAGAACGAGACGAGAGGUGCCAGAGGAGCGGGAGGGGAGGAUGAAGCAGAGCAAGCGGCGAUAGCGAAGAGGAUUCGUGAGUAUAAUGAGAGAAUGAGGGGGAAGAGUAUGGUGGAGGAGCAUACGGGGAGGCAGGCGGGGAAGGAGGAGGAGGAUGAUCCGAGUAAGCGGGGGUUUGAUAAGGAGAAGGAUAUGGGACUGGGGGGAAGGAUUGGGCAUGUGCAGAAGCAGGAGAUGUUGAGGAAGGCAGGGGAUUUUGGGUCGAGGUUUGAGAGGGGGAAGUUUUUGUGAGGGGGUGUGGUGUGUGGCUGUAAUAGGUGUUAUAUACGAAUAGAAUUCUAGAACCGGAGCAAUCAACGCACCUUGGGAUUUAUGAGAUAAUAUACAUUAGGCUCUCCUGG